UUUUCUAGAUCAACGAACUGAGCCACGUUCAAAUCCCUGUCAUGUUGAUGCCAGAUGAUUUCAAAGCCUAUUCAAAGAUAAAGGUGGACAAUCACCUUUUUAACAAAGAAAACAUGCCGAGCCACUUCAAGUUUAAGGAAUACUGCCCGAUGGUUUUCCGUAACCUGCGGGAGAGGUUUGGAAUUGACGAUCAGGAUUUCCAGAAUUCCUUGACCAGGAGCGCACCCCUUCCUAACGACUCCCAGGCCCGCAGCGGAGCUCGGUUCCACACCUCCUACGACAAGAGAUAUAUCAUCAAGACCAUCACAAGUGAAGAUGUGGCCGAAAUGCACAACAUCCUAAAGAAAUACCACCAGUAUAUAGUGGAAUGUCAUGGGAUCACCCUUCUUCCCCAGUUCCUGGGCAUGUACCGGCUUAAUGUUGAUGGAGUUGAAAUAUAUGUGAUUGUUACAAGAAAUGUGUUCAGCCACCGUUUAUCUGUAUAUAGGAAAUAUGACUUAAAGGGCUCUACCGUGGCUAGAGAAGCCAGUGACAAAGAAAAGGCCAAAGAACUACCAACGUUAAAGGAUAAUGACUUCAUUAACGAGGGCCAAAAGAUUUACAUCGAUGACAACAACAAAAAGAUAUUCCUGGAAAAACUGAAAAAGGACGUUGAGUUUCUUGCCCAGUUAAAGCUCAUGGACUACAGCCUCCUGGUGGGAAUCCACGAUGUGGAGAGAGCUGAACAGGAAGAGGUGGAGUGCGAAGAGAACGACGGGGAGGAGGAGGGGGAGAGUGAUGGCACCCACCCCAUCGGGACCCCUCCUGACAGUCCCGGAAAUACUCUCAACAGCUCACCGCCCUUGGCUCCCGGCGAGUUUGAUCCAAACAUCGACGUUUAUGGAAUUAAAUGCCAUGAAAACUCGCCGAGGAAAGAGGUGUACUUUAUGGCAAUUAUUGACAUCCUGACUCAUUAUGAUGCAAAAAAGAAAGCUGCCCACGCUGCAAAAACUGUUAAACACGGCGCUGGCGCGGAGAUCUCGACCGUGAACCCAGAACAGUAUUCAAAGCGCUUUUUGGACUUUAUUGGCCACAUCUUGACGUAACGUCCUGCACAGCUGUGGAUGGACGUGAGCAUGGGAAGGACAGAGGUGUGUUCGGUGCAGGCAAGAUGAAAACCAAACAGCGAAGCACACCUCCUCGUUUACAUCUUCAGGCCAAGAUGACUGAUUUGGGGGCUACUUGCUUUAACAGCUACCUGAUAUUUCCCAGCAUCAUUCUAGCUAUUUCUGACUUGUGUGCGUGUGCGUGUGUGUGCGUGUGCGUGUGUGCAUCUUGAAAAUAAACUGGUUAAUUACUGAAAACCGACCAGCUUCAGUCAGAGUGUGUUUGGGGCCACAACCCCCCCGAUUCCAGCUGUGGACGAAUGACUGAACGAACGAGUGAGUGAGCGAGCAUGUGCAGGGGGCGGGGGAGAAGGCAAUGCAUGCCAGACCAACCAGCUACGCACCACACGAUAAACCGUGGAUCAGUUUAUCCUUUUGGAAUUGAAAGGUGUGAGACAGUAUUCGUAAUAAUAAUGAAGAUAAUAAUAAUGAAGAUAAUAAUAAUGACGGUGAUUAAAAGGAAAAAAGCUUACUGCAGGUGUGACACUUCUACCACGCACGCUGACACUCCUUAAUGAUUGUACCCCGGGUGCUGGACAGAGGAGGCUGGCAUCUCCCGCACAUCCUGGUUCAGGUGUGGGGAUUCCUGGUGUCCGGGGACAAACGCCCCUCCUCCGGCAGGAAGCUGAUGCCCCUGGUGACUUGUCUCUGUACAUUUUCACCUCAGUAAAUAUGUCCAGGAAAACUGCUUACUUCUCUUUCCUUGCCUGGAGCUUUUUCACUGAUACACUGUUAUGUUGCGAUAUAGGAAUUAAUGCUACAAAUAAAAAUAAAGCUUACCUGAAAAGUGCAUAGUUUUGGGCAAUGGUAUCUACAUCCCCCACAGUGGGAAGGUGAGCAAAGAAUUUAGAACUCUCAAUUCUGCUAAACAGUGGUAUUUUGUUACGAAUUGUCCCUUUAACUGAAACCCUCAAUAUUACUGUUUACAUUAUUAGGAAAACAGGGAUAUUUUUGAAUCUAAAAAUUUAAUGUACAGCAUGUGAUUUUUGAAGUUUACAUGUAAAGUCAUUUUACAGUGUAGGUGAAAUAAUGUUUGUCAUAUUUUGAAAUAUCCUGCAGUCAUGUUUUGGAGUGAAUGUUUUACUCAAAUUACAUGGCAGGCAGUCUUUUACAGUAAAAGGAAAAGGGUUGUUUUGUUUCCUCCGGAUGUACAUUUAUCAACCUAAUGAUUUUUUCUUUUAAGAAAAUGUUUAACCCAGAUCUGGUUAUGUAAGUUCAUUGCCCUAAACUGUGCUGUGUCUAGUCAAGUUACAAAUUUCCAACACUGAUCGUGUAUUUACCAACUUUCUGGCAUUUUCUGAAAGGCGUCAAGCUAAAAUAUUAGACUUGCUUAGAGUAGGUUAUCAAGUUAUACACUGUGCUAAAGCUGUGCCUUUGAAAUCCUUUGUUUAAAACGUGAGAUGAUUGUUGUAGGCGGGUUCAGGAAAAGAAAAAAUCCGCCCUUCGGUAAUUAUUUACAACUCAACAAACCCUCCCUGCCGUACUGCCUCUUCCAGUGACUUGACUUCAGGGCUUAUCAAGUCUGCAACUGUGCCCAACACAUGUGAGUUUACUUCGGAAAUCACGAGCUGACGGCAAGUCGGAGCCGUGGGAAGCCAGCAGCAAGGCUGUUCUACAUCUCCUGACUUCACAGAGCUUGGGUAUCCUCAACAGGCGAUGUCGACAGCACUGGGACCUGGUUGUCUAAUCUGUAUUUUCUGUACUUAAGUUAACUGAGAUGGUGAUUUAGGUUUUCCCCCACCACUCAUUCUGGCAUCGAGUUCAGCGUUCUGGACUUUCAGUGUUCUGAAGUUACGUUAUGGUUCCUUUGAUUCAGGAUUACAAAAGUGAGACCCUGAAGUAGAGAGAAGGUACACAUACACUAUUUGACUAACUGUUUCCUUUGUGGCCAAUCUGUUUAUGCUUUUAGAAGUUUACAGAAUGCUUUCUUUUUGUCUGUAACAGUCUCUGCCGUCCCUUUCUGUUGGCCACCUCUUCUGGCAGAGUGAGAAGUUUGCCUUGUAUCUCCUAGAGCUAACAAUACACUCCAGUCAUGAGCCGGGCUUUACAAAAUAAAGCACUUUGAUGACUCACAA